CGGUACGCUUAGGGCCACUCACGCCACCACACUAACCCAUUAACUCAGUGGCACUUUAAAGAGCAAGCGACUUUUCAAAUCUCGUAUUUUUGAAGCUGUUUUUGUCGCGCUGUGCGGGCGGGAGUGCGUGCGUGCGAUAAGGACAACUGCAGCUCAGACAAAAAUUCACACGCAAAACUCAAAAAUCGAGGUUUCGCUCUCGACUGUUUCCUCCUCCAAAACGCAACCAAUCAUUAUGAAAUAUUGGAAACUGCAAAAGGAAGAAAUAAGCUACGCCGCUAUGUUUUAAUUUUUUGGAUAUUUCUUGAUUUUCGAGGCGUUGUAAGUUUCUUCAAAAUAAAAUAAUCCAAAAAAGCAAAACAUAGUGGCACAGAUAUUGAUGAUAUUGAUUUAAUUUGAAAAAAUCAUUGCUCUAGGUUAAAAUCCAAGGAGGAAACAGUCGAGAGCGUUUGUAUGGAAUAAUCGCAACUAGGAAUUCCUCUUAAGGGAAACCCAGAAACUUAUAAAUAGAACGGACCUCCCCGGGCGCCAAGAGUUCCUUAACCCCAGUUAUCAUCAUCGACUCAAAUCACGUCACCCACCUUGUAAGCUGGCUAAGGCCCUAAUAGAACCCGGACUCAAACUUAAAGAAAAAUGGACUUCGGAUUAACAGUCAAAGAUAGACCGAUCUAUUAGUAGCCUUAUCUCACCCGGCGUGAAAGUGAAGGGGUUCAGCCUCUCGCGACAUGAAUGGUGCAAGCUUAACAGAUUGCGGACAGGGUUCGGCCGUACCGCACAUUUUCAACAUCUUUGUGGAUGGAUCGACUCGCCCAGAUGCGAUUGCGGCGCUGAUCUCAAACUGUCCAACACGUGGUACAGGAGUGCCUCCUCAGAGCCUAUCCUGGAAACCACCAUGACCUGUUCUCACUUACUCCUGACGGCACAAUGGCUAAAAACCUUGAAUAUAAACUUGUGGCAUACCUGAUAUAUUUUUGAUUUAAUUAUGAUUUUUUAUGCAAUACGAUUAAAUUAAAUAAAGUGUAAAAUUGUACUGGUAACCAUGGUAACUCCUCGUUUAACCCUGGGUUAGUGUGAGGGUGCAAGUGGCCCUCAGCGGCGGUUGGUGAUAUAAUACAAAAUGAUGACCUCGUACACAAUUAUAAUAACCGUGAUACGUAACAAAGAUAAGGCAAACUUUGACCUCCGAAGAUAAACGUGUUUAGUAAGAUUUUAGUAUCGUCUAGUGCAGUGUAGUGCCAAGUGUUAUUUAUUUUCUCUAUCCAUUUUUAAUUUUAAAUAAUUCUUUAUAACUAAGUGUUACAAUCUAUGUACCUAUAUACUAUGGCCGAGUUUAUGAGGAUAGAAAGCGUGACCGAGACUAAAGGAGCUGUAGAGGUCAACUUUGCCAAUGGAAUGACUAUAAAAUUCGAAGAUUGCUGGCUUCGAGACCACUGCAGAUGUGUUUCGUGCUACCACGCCGACACGUACCAAAGGGCUCAGCACAUAUUGGACAUCCCCGAGGCGAAGAUAGCUGACGUUGCCUUCACCGAGACCCAGCUUGUUGUGACUUGGGACGACAACCACAAAUCCACUUAUGAAGCAGACUUCUUAAUACAAUUCAACUAUGAAACCUACAAAGAAGGGCAAAGUCUGAAGCCUGUUCUCUGGCACGGAGGAUCGGUAGCUGAGAAAAUAGCCAGGAUCCAUGUCGACAAGUUUCUGGAAACCAAGGAAGCUGCUGAGGAAGUGUUUCAGUCUCUUCUUGAUUAUGGCGUCGCGUUGAUAGAGGGGGUAGAACCAAACAUCGAAGCGACGGAGCAAGUGUGCAAAGCUCUAGGAGGGGUGCAGCAUACGAUCUUCGGCGGGAUGUGGGAGUUCACCACCAAGGCCGACCAUGCGGACACUGCCUACACUAAUCUGCCGUUAGCUGUGCAUAAUGAUAGUACCUACUUCACAGAGUCUACUGGACUCCAAAUCCUCCACUGCAUAGAACAUUUCGGCGGAGUAGGUGGUGAAACAGUACUAGUGGACGGUUUCUACGGAGCCACCCGACUGAAGGCGGAGUCUCCCGAAGACUUCAACUUUCUGACUGAGUUCGAGUUGGAAGCUGAGUAUAUAGAGGAAGGACACCAUCAUAAGUGUGCGGCGCCGGUUAUAACGGUCGAUAAGAGUACUAAGGAUAUUAAACAAAUAAGAUUCAAUGUUUACGACCGAGCUCCAAUGGCGUUUGAGGACGGAGAGGAAUGCAGGAAUUACUAUCGGGCCCUAAGAAGUCUUGCCAAGUAUUACCAGGACCCUCGAAAUCAGUGGCAGUUUAAACUUAAACCAGGCCUGGUGAUGGUGAUGGACAAUUUCCGCGUGCUGCACGGCAGAACUGGGUUCUCGGGCAAGCGCGUUCUCUGCGGCAGCUACGUGGCGCGCUCUGAUUGGCUGGAUCGGGCAAGGGCUCUGCGUCUUAUCCAAUGAUCAGUCAGCGUCAUGUUAACUGAAAUGGUCGAUAUACUUUUAUUGCGUUCACGGUGACGAUGUAAAUUAUAGUCUCGUUUUUAAAUAAAUUUGUACUUACAUUAUGUUUUACCAUUUCAGUUCGACACAGAAAAAAAAAAAACAAUUUUUUGAAACAAUAUAAUCUUACUAAAACGGUUCAAGAAUGUAAAAUUCUCAAUGUGCGCUUGCGCGAAUGUGCGUGUGUGUUUGUGUUACAGCGUGCCACGCACAUCCAUGAAUGGUGACUGCUGAUGGCUCGACCGUCUGUGUACUCGUAAAAUUCGUGUAUAUAAAGUGUUUAAAAUAUAGAAAUUGAACAAAGUGCAUCUAUUAACGAAAUUGUCAUGCUUGUGCGCAAUAAAUGAAUAUAGUAUUUUACCACAUAAA